UCUUAGUCUACAUAAACGUCAUCAUUGUAUUGAUCAUCUUCUUGACCCAGUUCCCAAGAUGAAGUCCUCCUCCGUUUUCUUCGCGCUCUUCUCCUUGAUCGCAGUUACAGUCGCAGAUAAAGUAUGCACACCAAGCUUCGACUACUGCUCAGACGAGCUUAUUAGCAAGAAGGGAUUCACGGAAGAUGACCUAAAGUCCGUCCUGACGGGAACAGAGUUUGAGAAGGAAGACUUGAAGAACAUCCUUUUCCAUUGCAAGAACCCUGGCAUUGUCGGUCAUCCAAAGCUUUGCAGCAGUGGAUGCAAGGAUUCGGAGCAAGAGGGUAGUCACAGCUGCUAGAGGACAAUUCAUGCAUCUCAGAUUCAAAAUCUCACGAAGUGUUUGUCGCAUCUGUCCUUUGGUGGGUAAUCUUUUUGGAAUCAAUUGCCAUCUUUAAUCAACAUUGGACGUUUUGGGUGCAAUGGUAAAGCAUAGUAUCAUCAGUGGGACUUUGACGAUUCGACCCGAAAAACGAGGGUAUUUCUGCAAAUCUGAAAACGAUGUGUACCGUAUAUUCAUUAGUGACCAUCGUCCAUGAUAGCAUUUCUCUGUAUUUCUAUACCAUAUUCAUGGUAUAUAUGAGUAACCUCUGACUUGUCAUCAGCCG